AACAAGAAGUAAAAAAAAUGGAAUACAAUUUCUCACUGAACCAAACGCUAACAACUCACCGAUGCGGAGCGAUCCGUUAAAGUGGGGUGUGGCUGCGGAAGCAUUGAAAGGGAGCCACGUGGAGGAAGUGAAGGCGAUGGUGAGGGAUUUCCGGGGGAAGGAGGUGAGGCUGGGCGGCGAGAGCAUGAGGGUGGGGCACGUGGCGGCGGUGGCGGCGUCGACGGCGAAGGUGGCGGUGAAGGAGGCGAUGAGGAAGGGAGUGAAUGCGAGCAGCGAGUGGGUGAUGGAGUGCUUGAAGGAAGGGUGGGAUUGUUAUGGGGUCACAACGGGCUUCGGUGCCACCUCACACAGGAGAACCUCUCACUUUAGGCCUUUGCAAAUUGAACUCAUUAGGUUUCUGAAUGCUGGAAUUUUCGGAAACGGGACAGAUCAAACUUGCCAUACCUUGCCACACAGUGUUACAAGAGCUGCAAUGCUCGUGAGAAUCAACACCCUUCUUCAAGGCUACUCUGGCAUCAGAUUUGAGAUCCUAGAAGCCAUUGUAAAACUACUCAACCACAACAUCACACCAUGUUUGCCCUUGCGUGGUUCAAUUUCAGCCUCAGGUGACUUGGUUCCAUUUUCAUACAUAGCUGGACUCCUCACAGGAAGGCCUAACUCAAAGGCCGUUGGUCCCAAUGGUGAAACCCUAAGUGCUGAAGAAGCCUUCCAUCUUGCUUCUAUUGGGGAACACUUCUUUGAGUUGCAACCUAAAGAGGGUCUUGCACUUGUUAAUGGAACUGGAGUUUGUGCUGGUUUGGCCUCUCUAGUUCUAUUUGAGGCUAACAUCUUAACCAUCUUAUCUGAAGUCAUGUCUGCAAUUUUUGCUGAGGUCAUGCAAGGAAAGCCCGAGUUCACAGACCAUUUGGCACACAAACUGAAGCACCAUCCCGGUCAGAUUGAAGCAGCAGCAGUGAUGGAACACAUCUUGCAUGGAAGUGCUUAUGUUAAAGCAGCACAAAAUUUUCAUGAGAUAGAUCCUGUACAAAAGCCUAAGCAAGAUAGAUAUGCUCUUAGAACUUCACCACAGUGGUUAGGUCCUCAAAUUGAGGUUAUAAGGCAAGCCACAAAAUCCAUUGAGAGGGAGAUAAACUCGGUUAAUGAUAACCCUUUGAUCGAUGUGUCAAGGAACAAAGCUUUGCAUGGUGGCAAUUUUCAAGGUACCCCAGUUGGGGUUUCAAUGGACAACACAAGAUUAGCCUUGGCAGCCAUUGGAAAACUCCUCUUUGCUCAAAUGUCUGAGCUGGUAAAUGAUUUCUACAAUAAUGGUUUGCCUUCAAAUCUCUCGGGGGGUCCUUGUCCAAGCUUGGAUUAUGGAUUCAAGGGUGGGGAGAUAGCAAUGGCUGCAUAUUGUUCUGAGCUUCAGUAUCUUGCAAACCCUGUCACUAAUCAUGUACAAAGUGCUGAACAACACAACCAAGAUGUGAACUCGUUGGGACUGAUCUCUUCCAGGAAGACAUCUGAAGCAGUAGAAAUAUUGAAGCUCAUGAGUUCAACCUACCUCGUUGCACUUUGUCAAGCUAUAGACUUGAGGCACUUGGAGGUGAAUUUGAAGAACACGGUUAAAAACACGGUGAGCCAAGUGGCUAGAAAGGUCUUAACCUUGGGCGUUGAUGGGGAGCUUCAUCCCUCUAGAUUUUGUGAGAAAGAUUUGCUCAAAGUGGUUGAUCGUGAGUAUGUUUUUGCCUACAUUGAUGACCCGUGUAAUGCCACGUAUCCACUCAUGCAAAAACUAAGGCAAGUGUUGGUGGACCAUGCAUUGCUGAGUCAUGAUGGUUUGGAAAGUAGAGAUGCUUCCAUGUUCCUGAAGAUAGGUUCUUUUGAAGAGGCACUGAAGAAUGUGUUGCCCAAAGAGGUUGAGUGCACAUGGAAUGGCUUUGAGAGACGGAGUUUACCUAUCCCUAAUAAAAUUAAGGAGUGCAGAUCCUAUCCACUUUAUAAAUUUGUGAGGGAGGAAUUAGGAACUGAGUUUCUAACUGGGGAGAAAGUUAAGUCCCCUGGAGAAGAUUUUGAUAAAGUUUUCAAUGCAAUUAACCAAGGAAUGAUGAUAGACCCACUGUUUGAAUGCCUCAAAGAUUGGGAUGGUGCUCCUCUUCCUAUACGUGGGGAACCCAUGAUAGACUGAUCACUGUAAGGGACACAUUUAUCGGUGGAAUUUAGCACGUCUCACAUUUUGAAAGUUCAAUAAUGUUUUAAACACGUGCAGGAGAGGAGAAAUGUAAUAUCUAUUUUAUACUAAAAUCACACGUGAUAAUUGAUAGAAUAUUUAAAAAAGUAAAUAAAAUUUAUCUAGUUGAAGUUUAAAUUUUAAAACUUUUUCUUCAAAA